AUGUCCUUCAAACGCCCCUGCCCCUUAGCUCGAUACAACCGCACCAGUUACUUCUACCCCACGUUCUCGGAGAGCUCAGAGCACAGCCACCUGCUCAUCUCUCCCGUGCUGGUGGCGAGCGCCGUCAUAGGCGUGGUCAUCAUCCUCUCCUGCAUCACCAUCAUCGUGGGCAGCAUCCGCAGGGACAGGCAAGCCCGGCUCCAGCGCCACCGCCGCCGCCACCGCCGCCACCACCAUCGCCACCACCGCCGCCGCCGCCGGCGCCAUCGAGAGUACGAGCAGGGCUAUGUGUCAGACGGGCACACAUACGGCCGCCCGAGCCACAGGAUGCGGUACGCCUGCGGCCCCGCCGAGGACUGGCCUCCGCCCUUGGACCUUAGCUCUGAUGGGGACGUGGACGCCACGGUGCUCCGAGAGCUGUACCCAGACUCUCCACCCGGUUACGAGGAGUGUGUGGGGCCGGGUGCCACUCAGCUGUACAUCCCCACGGAUGCCCCGCCCCCCUACUCACUGACCGACUCCUGCCCCAAGCUGGACGGCACCCUGGAUGCGGGCAGUGGCCACAGCCCCAGCCGACACCGGCAGGCGCAGAGGCCGCAGGGCCAGAGUGGCCUCCGCACUGUCUCCAUGGACACCCUGCCCCCUUACGAGGCUGUGUGUGGGGCCAGCCCCCCGUCAGGCCGGCUGCCGCUGCCUGGACCACAACCAGGCCCGCAGAGCUGCCAGGGCUCGCCCGCCACAACCCAGGCCCCAGCCUUGGGCCCAGAGCAGAUCAUGUGA